CCUCGUCCGCAACUUCGACUCUGCCGUAUGGACUCGUCAAAUUGAAGACAUACACAAGCAUUAUUCCGAAAUCCGUGCUUUGCUCGUUGAAGACGGUUCUGAUGUUGAUAGACCCUUGCUUAGUCCGGAUCAACUUCAUGACACCUUGCGUGCACUGGCGAGCUCUGGCCGAGCCUCCGACAUCGAGCUCUUGACCCUCAUCGUGUCGGACAUGCGACCAUUCUUCAAUCAUGAUGUUAAUCAGGGAACCAUUUCAUCCAUUGUUCACUCCUUCUGCAAGUCAGGACAUUUCCGACAAGCCUGGCAUUGGCUGCGUACUAUGCAUGAAGAUGACCAUCGCUGCACUCCCUCCCUCGAUCAAUGGCAUACGCUCCUGAUGUGCUGUGCAGACGCUAGGGCCGAUACAAAAUUGAUGCACAGCAUAAUUCGCGACAUGGCAUCCAUCCGACGACCGCCCUCAAACUUAACUUAUCGCAUCCUCAUACAUGCCAUGAUGAAGACCAACCCACGCGUACGGGAGAUUUCGGAGCUCAUCUCGGAAAUGCGAGAGGCUGGACUGACAUACGACUCCCUGACACUGAGUGCCCUCUAUGACGAGUACAUGGAGCUGGGUUUGCCGUCCUCGGCAGGAGAGAUUGAACGCAUUUAUAGGGAUGCUUUCGAUCUACCGGAUGAGAUCGACACGGAUCCUUCAGCGCGAACCAUUGAUCAGAUCGCAGCAAGAGCUGCACGACGGAACAUACAAGCUGCAAUUGCAUUCGCAAGUUCCACGCCCGAUUUCAAGCCUUCAUUGAAGACGCUACUCGCGGUGCUCUCGCGCUCCCCAACCGUACGCGAUCUGACUCGCCUGGAGAAGGCUUGGGAAAUAGAGGGCGGCGCACGAGCUUGGUCCUUCCUGAUAAAGGUCGCUAUAUCCAAAGGCGACAUUCGUGGGGCACAAGCCAUCUAUGACCAGUCAAAAAGUCGUGGUGUCGUGCCAGACGUCAGGAUGGUACACCAGCUGAUACGGGCCAUUUCGUCUGCCCAUUUGAUGCGUCCCUCCGACUCAUCUCUGAGGGAUGUGUUCGCCCUUUACAAGGAUUUGGCGCAUGCGCAUCCUCCUGGAGGCCCGCCGUCGCCGCACGGUCCAGACGCCGCCAUUUACAACGACCUGCUGAGGGCUAUCGCCUCGUCUUCGGAUCCUCAGCAGUACUUUGCCACUGCUGUGUCCCUGGUCAAAGACAUGCACCUCAGGCGGGUACCCCUGGACAGUAUGACGCUCGCACAGCUCACAGUGGUUUUUAUGCGGGUCGCAUCAGACUUCGAGGAUGCUUUCGAAAUCUACCGGUUCAUGAGGACAUCUCCCACAGCGUCCUUCGAUGCCCGUGGGUUCCUGGAUGUUCUAUCCGCUUUCUGCCGGCUCCCUUUUGGAAUUCAGCCGCCAUCUCUAUCCCACUAUUUUGACAUGGUACAAGACAUGAUCCAGGACGGCCACGAAAUCAUCCCGCAAGUUUACUCUUUCCCGCUUGUUCGGAUAGCACAACUUGCUACGCGCGUUCGAAAAACGCCACAACGCGAGGAUGAACUCCACGCCCUGGGGGCCCUGCGACAUGCAUUGCGGCAAACGCACCAACACCUCACGCUCGAUGCGUCGGUUACCCCCGACAUCGCCCUCUGGAACCAAUUGAUGGACGCGUACCAGAAAGUUGGCAACAUCACUGAUGCGUACAACGUUUGGGAAAUGAUGUACCUUCGUGGAUCGAUCGACAGCUCAAGCGUGAGCAUCAUCAUGGAUGCGUGCGGAUUCGGUAACCGUGGCCAGCUUGCGAAAACCAUCUGGGAAGGGUUACGGUCGCAUCGUUUCCCUCUCAAUGUUCGCAACUGGAACGCGUACAUUGAAUGCCUCUGCAGGUGUGGAUGGCUCGACGAAGCUAUCACUGCCUUCUGCGUAGAAAUGGCCGGUGAAGGUUCAACUGCGGAACCGGACGUCGAGACCGCCGAUGCGCUGUUAAAGUUCGCCCGUGCUUCUGGCCGUGGAGAAGAAAUACUGGAUAGGAUUAGGAAUUAUCUACCACAAUUAUGGACAACACUCCCUGAACGUAUGAAAUCUACUGCCACGGACUGGAAAGGGACGAAACAGCAGACAGAAAUGCGAUGA